UUCUUUCAGUGGCACAUUCGUUCAUCUAAAGCUUUCAAUGUGUCGAUACCACUCCACUUCAUAAGUGGUUUGUUGGCGUACUGGUGCGCUCCAUCACGGAGUGGUCUACGCUUUUCAAGAAUGUUACGAAAAUGUUACUGUAUUUGCCGAAACUUCUCCCCAAAACAUUUGGUGUUUCUGGUAGUUGCGUUUUCCACUGUAUACCUUAUGCUGCUGAAAUACACUGCAAGCAGUCAUAAACCUUUCGUCAGGACGUCUAUUCAUCAUGCGGUCGAAGUGAAAGCAAAUGUCGUAAGGCCUCUGCACCCUUUGGAUGAACCUGAUCCGAAGGAGCUGGAAAAUGCUCGACAAACGUUGAAUUUUUUGAAUAAUAUAGACUCUUUGGAACAAAAACAGACACCGAAGACUACAUUCACAUUAAAUCCUGGUGGUGUAUGCCCAGAUCCGAUCCUAGUUCCUGAUCUGCGGGGAUCAUUGCCUCAAGCAGUAUUGUUGAUAGAAAACUUGCAAGAGGCCGAUGUUGCCGCUGCUCAUCCUGAGGUGAAACCUGGUGGGGAAUGGAGUCCGGCAGAUUGUAAGGCACGAUAUAGAGUAGCCAUAAUCAUACCGUUUCGCGACCGCCAGAGUCAUCUCACAAGGCUGCUUGAUUUCCUCAUACCUGUCUUACAGAGACAACGUUUGGACUUUAGGUUCAUUGUCACCGAGCAGUAUGGCAAUGACCUGUUCAACAAAGGCCGUAUUAUGAACGCGGCUUUCCGCUUUGCGGAAACUCUGAAUGUUGAUUGCGUCAUCUUCCACGAUGUCGAUAUGUUCCCUCAAGAUGACCGAAAUCCAUACUCUUGUCCCACUUCUCCUCGACAUAUGGGAGCAUUUGUUAGUAAUUUGGGUUACCAACUUUGGUACAAAGAAAUUGUUGGUGGAGUCUUGGCGGUAUCGAUGGAAGAUUACCGAAUGAUCAAUGGCUACUCCAACAUGUAUUGGGCUUGGGGAGGUGAAGAUGAUGAUAUGGGUAAGCGUAUCCUCUCUUUGAACUACACUAUUGAACGACCGGAUUCUGACACGGGUCGAUAUUCCAUGCUGAAACAUGUAAAAAGGAAGCGAACAGCACCGAAGUUAAUUUAUAAAUUACUGGAUAUCGCCGAGAAACGUGUCGCAUAUGAUGGUUUGAAUGAAACUGACAAAUGGACCGUGCGGAAAAUCAGCAUACGUCCGCUGUACUACCACCUCUAUGUGGACGUUGGCAGUGCCCCUGAAGAAUGGCUAGCUGUUCAACUGAGAAUGUUCUCCAUGGAAAUGGAAGCCUACUCUUGCCAUAACAGAUUACUUCAACGCAUGGUCAAUCUCGACACUUUGCCUGAGCAUAUCAUUUUGAAAAUUCUACACAACUUGGGUAGUCUUGUACAUAUCGCAACUUGUGGUGUGAUCUCACGCAGAUGGUAUCGAGUCAGUCGCCAAGAUCUACUAUGGCGGCACGCUGAAUUCUUGGGCGACUAUCGACUAAACCUGCGACAAUUGGCUGCUUUCAUAAAGUCACCUUUAGCAUUGAAAGUUGUUAGUCUAAGUAUUGAAGGCUAUAUCGUACGUUCCGCAAAUACCUACUCACAAUCUGCAUUAACGAAUCACGUUCUAACGUUAAUGGGAAAGAAAAUGCAGCGAUUGCGUUCCCUUACAAUACGGAAUGCCAAUAUUUGCAAUAUCGCAUUGAAAUGCAUGCCAAAAACCUUGGAGCAUUUAUGCUUGAAUGGUUCAAUCAUCGGUUAUUGCGCUAUGGAUGACCUUGCGCAUCCAGAAACUCUGCCAAACUUGCGUGAAUUCUGCCUUGAUUAUGUACAUAACCUGUCGAGCAACUCUAGGAGUUUUCACUUUAUCUUCCAGAAGAAGAAUCUGACGAAGCUUGAGGUGCGUCACUGCAAUGGGAUAUCAAACGAUGAUCUCAUACAGAUUCCUAAUUUUCUUGUAAAUCUACAGAUAUUGAACCUGUCCGAAAUCAAAUAUCUCAACGAUUUCGUGUUGGAAUCGCUUUCAUUUUUGAAAAGCUUGGUCCAACUAUUUAUUGCUUUUACGAUGGUAUCGGAUGAAGGCAUACAUAGUCUUGUAAAAAACUGCUCAACACUCGAACUUCUGGAUGUUCGUGGUUGCCCAAAAGUGACAGGGCAAAGCCUGCUUGCACUAUCAUCUAUGAAAAGUCUUCGUGAGGUAUGGAUUCUACAGUUGAUGAAUGGUUGCGCUGAUGCCCGAAUAGCCCUAAAAGAAGCCGGCUCACCUUUGCAAAUUCUUGAUGAGAUUGAUCGUCAGAAGAUGGCUAUCCCCCAACCAAUGGAUUUCUACAGUAUAUACUUUGCCAAUGUGCUUUCGAAGCGCAAUGAUGACGAAAUUAUGGCGCCGUUCUGAUGCAUAGAUCUCAUUUGAUUAUAUGAUUAGUUAUGUACAUAUCCUUGAGAUGAUUUUUAAAAAGCGGGUCACUUCGACGUUAGAUUAUCAGGCUCACUGCAUCGGGAAGUUUACCACUGAACUUUGACUGAGGAGGUACCGUUCGUCCACCCAGAUUCUCGACUUCUCUGUCUUGACGCAGUGCGAGAGCACGGCCCCUGACUAACGCAACAGUCCAAGUCCGAUUGAAAAAGAUGCAUUCUGAAGCGAGAGAAUCGCUUUGGAUGAGCCUAAAGACAGGGAGCUGCUCCGACGCCUCCGAUCGGUAGGCGUAGGCGUACUUUUGACCCACCCAUCCGUACUCGCCCUCCUAAAUGCUUUUCCGAAAACCCCGACAAUCGCGGGGUUUCCGCAUCUUCAUAUUCGGAAUCAGGGACAUGAGAAGGCCCCGGAGCGACAGAAACAUGGAACUGAAUCUGGGUAGAUGUUGCUUUUAAGCGUACCUUUCUGCGUGUCCUUCGCCCUGGUGAAGGAAGGCUCGGGGAAUUUUGGACGAAGGGCAGACAUUCCGAACAAAGAGUGGCGUCAGCCACACGUUUCAUUUUUUCAAAGGUUUCUCCCAAAUUCACGAGCUACUCUUGAAAUGGUGCUUAGCGGUCACGCUCUCUGAAUUUGCAACGUUGGGAUUUUCAAAAUAAAUAGAAGAAACUUUAAGCAUCCCUGCUGAAGUAGUGGAUUUUAGCGUUGCAACGGUAGACCUCUAAACUACUAAUCAGUGAAGUUGGAGAAACGGUUUACAAAGCUUGAAAUCGGCUCUAGUAUUCCAAAUCCCGCCUCCGUCCUUGAACCCUUCCCCCUCCCCCCCCCCACCUUCAGUUAUACUAGUUAUAGAGUACACAGGGUAGAGGAAGUGGAUGACAUAUAUUAUUUUGAAUGAAUGAAAAUUUUGAA